AUGGACGAAUUGAGCUAUUCAAUAGCAACCGAAGAUGACCGGAAAGAGAUACGAGAGUUUCUGAUGAAACAUUUUCUGAAAGAAGAAACCAUGAAUGUGGCGACGGCUAUCACCGAAGAAGAAUUUGCUCCAUUUGCCGACAAAGUUCUCGACAUAGCAUUGCCAACACCAUUCACUGUCAUUUGUCGGAAUGGUAAGGGGAAUGGAGACAUUGUUGGUGUGGCGGUGAGUACUAUUUAUCGCCGAGAUGAUCCGGAAUUCGUGGAUCCACUCGCAUCCCCACAGCGACCUGAGAUAGCUGCGAUUGGAACAAUUUGCGAAGACAUACAUCACUCUAUCUGGGAGUUGCUUCCAGAAAUAGACACUGUUCUUGAACUAGAUCUCCUCAGCGUCGCUUCUGCCUACCACCGUCGAGGUAUUGCAGGAAAAAUGCUCGAUAAAAGGAAGUCACCCGAAUUUUUGAAGAAAUACGGGGUCCAAGGUUUUGUCUGCCAAGCGUCGUCGUAUGCGAAUCAAAUGCUUUUGAAGAAGCGCAAAGAUCAAGAACUAAUGGAUGUGCCAUUCACGAGAUUCACUGGGAAAAAUGGUGCGCAACUCAUUCAACCACAAGACGAAACAAUGUCAGUGAAGCUAUUUUGGAAACCGUAUCCUUAA